AUGGAAAAUUUAGUGAAAAUUACACCACCAACCAAACAAGAGAUUAAGGAUUAUUUCUUAGGCGAUAUUAUUACAAAUGAAAGUUUGAAGAAAUCAUCAAAACGUUCAAUACCAGAGAGUACAAAAAGCGACGACGAAUAUUUUGAAAGUUACAGUAGCGAUGACGAUUUCUUGAGCGAAUCUUUCAAAGAAACUCUGCAAGAAAAAUCAAAGGAGAUAAAGAUUAAAAAGCAAAUGCAAGUUGAAAAAAGAGAUGAGACUGAAGUCAUUACAACUUCAACAGAGACCAAUGCUUCUGUUCAUGUUGGAACUCCAACUAUAGAAGAAGCUAAGAAGCAUAUUUGCCGCCAAAUCAAAAUCAAAAAUUUGGAUGUUACUAAGCAAGCCGAAAGCAGUCCUGAAAUAAACUCGACGUUCGACGAAUUCCUGAAAGCUAAGAAAAAGCAUGCAUCGAAUGAAGAAAACGAGGAAAAAGUAGACGAAUAA